GCAUUACGAGCGCCGGUCAUCGCCCAAUGUGGGCACUGCUUCUGCAAGGAAUGCAUCGAUUCCUCCGAAAACUGGCCGGUACAUUGUCCAGCUUGUGGAGAAGAUAUAGCACCAGAUUCGCUCAAACCCGACAAUGCGAAGUGGCGAGAGGUCCAGUCCCUUCUCGUCGACUGUCCAUUCGCGCGGAACGGAUGUCAGUGGUGUGGGACUCUCAAGGAAAUGCAGAAACAUGCCGAUUCAUGCUUAUACCACGGUGUUCCUUGUCCCAAUUGCAAAAAGACAGUUCCCGAACGGGAUAUGGCAACACAUUUGGAAGAAUGCGAGAAGAAGAUUGGGAAAUGCACCUAUUGUGGUAUACGUUUAAAGGCGACCGGUAUGGAAAAGCAUUUGAAGAUUUGCCCAAGGGUGAUCAUGAGCUGCCCGUUCCAAUGUGGUCUGCUUGACCGAACACGAGAAGAGAUCGAACAACAUCGCCCACUAUGUCCAAAUAUCGACAAAUUCUGUCCAUUCGCAGAACUUGGUUCUCUUUUUGCAGGUGACAAAGAAACCAUUCCGCAACAUUUAGCCGAAGAACCAGUUCAUCAUUUGAUGUUCCUUUGUGAUGCGAUUACCGACUUGAAAGCUAUAACUGCCAAUGAAAUGUAUGGAGCACAGCUGAUCUGGCGGAUCGAUAAUAUGGAACAGAAGAUGAAUGAGGCUAGGAGUGGUACCAGACCAAUAAUUCAUUCGGAUCCAUUUGUUUCGGGACGUUAUGGCUAUAAAUUCGUUGCCAGCGCUUGCCUCUUUGGAGACGGUCAAUAUCGUGGGAAGUACAUGGCAGUAUAUGUGACCCUCGUCAGGGGCAAAUACGACUCACUUCUUCAAUGGCCGUUUGAUCUCACUGUUUGUAUCACACUUCUUGACCAGAACCCGAUUUACGAAAACCGAUGUGACAUCUCGUAUCGGGUGGACGCGAGGAAAAUUAAGGAUAAAUGCGAAUUUCUUGAACGACCAAUGACCGAUAGAAAUGGCUCAUUUGGUGCACAGACCUUUUGUAGACUGGCAGUCAUGGACAACUUUAUACGAGAGGACACGAUGUUUCUAAAGAUUGAAAUCGAUGUGCUGAAGUCACAUGAACACCUCUUGAGACCAACCUCUGUCGCAAAUCCUAAUAGUACAUCGGCGAUAAACGAACUACCACCAAGAACUCCGGUAACCGUAUCCCAAUCGCAAUUACCCGAGACUACUGAAGAGAUGAAUCUUGGAGCUGAGACGCCUUCGGAACCAUCGACGACGCUACCGAGCGAAGAAAGCUUAGAAAGGCCUGCAACGGUCAAGGAAUCUGCUCCCAAUUCUCCGAUCAGUCCGAGAUCAGCUGCAGUUCCAAUAAUUGUUAAUGAAGAGAACGAGAUUCAAGAAAACGGCGAGAUCGAAAAGUCGCACUCCUCAACAGCUCCUGAAGAGGCCAUCGAUCAUCCCGAAGUAGGAACAGUGCGACAUGAGCACGAAUGA